AUGAAUAAUGGAUACGUUAAAACAUUUUUUUUUGUUUUAAUUUUGUUCGUAUAUGUGAGCGAUAAAGUCCUUACAACCGAAUAUGUAGCAGGCAACUUGGCGCCACCCGAACAGACUCGGGACAAAAUAAUUUUAUCCGAAACAGAUUCAACAAAAGAACCAUUAUAUGAAACAGAUUCAAAAAAAGAACCAUUAUCCGAAACAGAUUUAACAAAAGAACCAGUAUCCGAAACAGAUUUAACAAAAGAACCAUUAUCUGAAACAUAUUCAAAAAAAGAACCAUUACCCGAAACAGAUUCAGCAAAAGAACCAGUAUCCGAAACAGAUUUAACAAAAGAACCAUUACCCGAAACAGAUUUAACAAAAGAACCAUUAUCCGAAACAGAUUUAACAAAAGAACCAUUACCCGAAACAGAUUUAACAAAAGAACCAUUACCCGAAACCGAUUCAACAAAAGAAUCAUCACCCGAAACAGAUUUAACAAAAGAAUCAUCACCCGAAACAGAUUUAACAAAAGAACCAUUAUCCGAAACAGGUUCAAAAAAAGAACCAUUAUCUGAAACAGAUUUAACAAAAGAACCAUUACCCGAAACCGAUUCAACAAAAGAAUCAUCACCCGAAACAGAUUUAACAAAAGAACCAUUAUCCGAAACAGAUUCAAAAAAAGAACCAUUAUCUGAAACAGAUUUAACAAAAGAACCAUUACCCGAAACAGAUUUAACAAAAGAACCAUCACCCGAAACAGAUUUAACAAAAGAACCAUUAUCCGAAACAGAUUCAAAAAAAGAACCAUUACCCGAAACAGAUUUAACAAAAGAACCAGUAUCCGAAACAUAUCCAAAAAAAGAAUCAUUAUCCGAAACAACUCUAACCAACGAGCCUCGACGCAAAAGAGCUCGAUACACAAAAACUCGGCCCCAAAAUAAUCCAUCCUUAUCAUCGUCAUCUGAAUCACUUUCAUCCAGAACACCUCGUCCCAAAAGAAUUCGACCCAAAAGAAUUCGACGCAAAAAGACUUCAUCCCAAGCUACUUUAUCCACAACACCACCAUCUAAAACAAUUUUACCUGAACCAGUUUUACCUGAAACAACUUCAUUUGAAAUAGCUUUACCCCAAGCCGUUUUAACUAAUCCUCCUUCAUCUCAUAUUGGAUAUAUUCCUGUUUUAUCUAAAGUGGAUGAAAUAUAUAAAGAAGCCAAGCACUUAUUAUGCACAAAACCAUCAGAAACAAAAAAAGCAAUGGAAGUUAUGGAUGAAGCUGUAAAGUUUUUAAAAUACUAUGCUACAACUCAAAAGGGCUACAAACAUCAUUGUACGACUUGUGAAGGCGUAAAAAUGUAUUAUAUGAAGAAUAAAAAAAAAUCCUACAUUGAAAAAUGCAAAAUUAAAAUUUCCAAUCCCAAUAAGUAUGAUGAUAUAAUAUACAUGCUAUGGGAUCCCAAUGGGGCUCAACAAUUCGAUCCGAAUUUUAUUUAUGGAAAAGUUGUCCGUUCAUACAAUAGAAAUUUGUUGAUGGUAAAAAAAUUUUACCAUAAUCCGAUGUUAUCAUCCAAAAGAUGUUUUUAUGCUUUAGCCAAAAAAGUUCAUAUAUCAGAAAAUACAACUAUAAUUGUCAUGGCUUCAGGAAAUAUAAAUAAUCAGAACGGUUUCAAUAGACCACUCUUUAAAAACAAAGUUUUAGAAAGUAUGAAUUCAUUCAAGACAAAUGUUGAUUCUGACGAUGAUUCUCAAAAUGGAUACUAUAAAAAGACGUUUGUUAACCUAUCUGGAUACCUCAUUAGAAAAAAAAGCGAUCACGUUGAUGUUACCUUUGUCAACUCGGUAGCCAAUAUGCAAAUUUUAAUAUUAUAA